UUUGUGCAUAAUUUCAAGCAAUCAUGGACGAAGUUGACAACCUUCUCAGCGACCUGACCAGCCAGAUGAGCUCGGUUGGCAUUGCAGGCUACCAAGGCAAGUGCACUCUGUGCAAGCAAAACAUUAUCAACAAGGGCACGUAUGUCGAGGCGAGCGGAUUGCGCUGGCACAAGCCGUGCUUUGUGUGCUCGGACUGCAAGGCCGAUCUCACGCAGGACGGCUACUAUGAGCUGAACAAGAAGCUCUACUGCAAGACGCACUAUGUCGAGCGCUCGUGCGACAAGUGCGCAACCUGCAACCAGCCGAUUAGCGAUCAGAUUUUGACGGCGCUUGGUGGCCAGUACCACCCAGAGUGCUUCAAGUGCGUCGAAUGCCAGUCUGGCCUGCACGGCAAGACCUACUUUGGCGAGGCGUUCAAGUCGUACUGCGAGCCUUGCUACCACAAGAAGUUUGCCCCAAAGUGCGCCGCAUGCUCCAAGGACAUUAUUGCCGCUGGCGAGAACUCGUUCUGCGUUCGUGCGUUUGACAACCGUUACCACAGCGAGUGCUACAAGUGUGUCGUCUGCAGCGUUCCCUUCUCCAACGACGAAGGCAAGGGCGCCAUUCAGCACAAGGGCCAGCUGUACUGCAAAACGCACUACCAGACAGUUUCAGAUUCGUAGAUUCGUCCAAAGACGUGGAGGGUGUUUGUUGUACAAAAUUGGCGUGCAAGGUUGAGAUUGCUUUGGUUGCUCAAUGUUUCUCGAUAAUGCAAAGCCAUGAAACUGCAAAGUUUUCAUUCGAGCUCAUAUAUUUGGCAUGGAACAAUAACCGGUAUUGACAAG